CCUCAAAAAACAAAAACGUUAACCUACAAAAUUGAAGUCUUUUAAGCAUGGUUCCUUUGAAAUAUUUGUGGUUUUAUACUUAUCUUACUUAAAUUUAAAUCUCUUGAAUUGAAGCAAUAAUAAGAUGCGUAAAGACUCAAAGAUUUUAAAAAGGAAACUUCGACAAGAGAAAAAAUGCCAAAAAUUAUCGGCGUUACUUGAGAUAACAAAAUUAAACGACGAAGAUCGUUUGAAAAAGUUAGCUCUAACAACUAACGGUGAACCGGCUGCAAACCGAAUCUGUACUGAAGAUCCCUCGAAAACACAAGCAACAGGUCCUGCAGGAAAACCUCUACUACACAACGAAGAGUAUCUUAAGCUAAAACAACAAUUAAAGGAACGUAAAGCACUCUUGGAUAACUAUCCCAAAUUUCGACUGCGGGAAAUCGGCCAGAGAGCAACAUUAGAUAUAGAGAGCGGCGACAGAAUACCAAUUUAUUUUCCUGAUUUGCAACAUUUAUUGCUUUACUCUCAGAUCGGGCAUCACUCCCCUUACGCACCGUCACGAUGGUGUCAGCUGGAGAAAUUCAACCGAUUGGAGCACACAAAUGUGUUGAUUGUCGAAAAUCUUUCCAUGUACCACUACCAAUCAUACGAGACGCUGUUCCCGUAUUUGCAUUCGAAUUUUGCGCACAAACUAGAACUUAUAACUCCUGAAGCUUACCACAGUGAUUUAGUGCAAGAACUGGUGACUGUACCGUUAACGGGUCAACAAACUAGAAACAUUAUUUCCGAGCAUGGAUCGUUGGAGAAUGCAGUGCGUGACAGUUCGAAUGUGUUUGAUAGGGUUAACAGUGCAUUUCCAGUAAAGGAAAAAGUGAAACGGUCAAAUUCGGGUAGUAUUCCAGAAACUGAUCGAUUUUCUCGGACAGACUUGCUAUUGUCAGGUUGGCAGAUGAUCGAAGAAAAUUUUCCCAUGCCUAUCGAUGGACUGACGACAACUAAGUAUGCUGAAUAUGUGAUGACGAAAGACGUUUAUAAGGACGUGACACCCUUCAGUCCCAUGUUUGCUGUAGAUUGUGAAAUGUGUCUCACUUCUGCGGGGUCGGAGUUAACUCGAAUAUCUAUCGUGGACGAGGAAUGUACACCGAUCUAUGAUGAGCUGGUAAAGCCGAAACAUCCCAUCAAAGAUUACCUCACAAAAUAUUCCGGAAUCACUCCUAACAUGAUGAAGCAUGCGCAAAAGGAACUAAAAGAUGUACACGAGGAUUUAAGAAGAAUGCUACCGCCUGAUGCGAUUUUGGUAGGACAAUCUUUAGGGGGCGACCUGCACGCUAUGAAAAUGAUGCACCCGUACGUAAUCGACACGAGCGUUAUUUACAACAUAACGGGAGACCGUAAACGAAAAACGAAACUGCAAACGCUCGCUCGCGAGUUUCUAAACUUGAGAAUUCAGGACAGUCGAAAGGGACAUUGUUCUACAGAGGACAGUGGCGCCUGCUUGAGAUUGGUUAAACACAAACUCUUGCACGACAUAUCCUACGGAGACGCCGUCAUGACGAACAUUGCCACACAAAUUAAUUGCUACACUGCCCUUGGUAAUCCAAAUUAUGGCACUAGUUUCUUAAAACACAUUACGAAAGUUGACAGGACUGCUCAGGUCGUCUCAUUGGAAGGUAUCAUCGAGAAAUAUCGCCAUUACACCUACAAAUCUCAUGAAUCGGUCAUAGAGAAAAUUAGUUGUGUGGCGGAAAAUAAUAAUGACCUCGUCAUUGAUCGCCUAUGCAAACGCGCGGAGAAUUUCUCGUUUAAUAUCGGCCAUGUAGCUUUUACAGACGAUGAUCUAAAUAGUAAAGUGCAAGAUACCUGUAGGAAAGUUAACGAGUGGGCAGAGCGAAUACAGAAGAGUUCGAAAGAGCCCGGACUGUGUGUUGUUGUUCUUGGGGGACAUCAUGUAUGGAGGAACGGUUGUUGUUUCAUCUCUAUGAGUAAAUGUUCUCAUAAAAACCUUUUGUAAAUUUUUAAUUUAAGAUAGAUGUAUCUAUCUACGGAAUCAUUUUGUUAAAAUAAAUUUGUUAGUUGUUUAA